UGCAAACUGCACAAACACCAAGUACUAAACAGUGGAAACAAAGCCUAAAGAUUUGAUUUGGAUAAUUGAGGCUGUCCUUAAACUAUAAAAUUACAACGAAAAGUUGUAUUACUUUUUAUUUAUGUUGAUGGCAUCAAUGUAUAUUGAAUUCAUUUCUAACCAUAAAUGUGAUAACUGAAGAACAGUUCAGCCAAUUUUGUGCACACUCCACGUAGCGUUUACUAAAUAGUCGAAACAAAGCCUAAUGAUUUGGUUUGGAUAGAUGAGCCAGUUCUUAAGUUAUAAAAUUACAGCGAAAAGCUUACAUUGCUAGCUAAGUUACAAUUUUCGGUUGUUGUUAUUUACUUAUUUGCUUAGAUCACUUACGUUCGCAAUAACGGCGUGAUUGCUGACAGUGCUAACUUAAAUGUGUCACGUCUAUAACAUUAAAAGAAAAAAUGUAUAUUUCAUUCAAAAUAUAUAGUACAAACAAAAUUUUCAUGGAAAAAUCAAUGUUUAUAACAGAUAUCAAGCUUCCCGUUUGGCACGGUCGGCGUCAAAUAUAUUUCUAAUAUAAAUUUUCCUAUUUCCAGACACGUUACAUAAAACAUUUAUUCUUGCUGAAUUAUACGAGUGUAUUGUCACUCUCUCCUACAGGCACAAUGAAAAUAAUUUUACAGAUUUCGUUGAUACUUUUAUAUAUCAACAAUAUUACAUCAGACAUAAUUAACUAUACAAGAGAAAAUUACAUACUUGUAGAGGAAGAAGAUGCAGCAAUUUUUGAAAAUUACGGAUCAAUAUACCAUUUAACAAAUUUCUCAUUAUUGGAAAAUAUAACAAAAAAAUAUAAAAUGAAGAAAGAAAUAAUAUUAAUUGACAAUUCAUGUAUAGACUUUGGAAUACAAAUAGAAACAUUAUUAAGAUAAUUAAAAAUUGACAAUAACAGACAAAAAAGAGGCAUUCAUUAAUUAGGUACGGUAUGGAAAUUGAUUUCAGGUACACCUGACCGUGAUGAUUUUAUGAAAAUUACAAACAAAAUAAAUGAUUUAAUAGAAAAUAAUAAUAAACAAUUUACAACUAGUUCACAAAUGUUUAAAGCAAUCACAGAAUUAACACAAAUAAUAAGCGAGAAAAUAAUUAACGUAACAAUAUCAGAUCUUAUUGAUGUUUCAAAAUUUAAAAUUGCACAAACAAAUAAUCUAACAAUAGCAUAUGUACAUAUAUUAAAUAUCAAAAAUAUAAAAUAUUUGUAAGUUAUUUAAAGCAAUACUCGUUUCACAAAAAGAUAGAAAAUUACUAAUCGAAAGUGAAAUAAAGAAAUGUGAAAAUAAAUUUUAUUCAGUGCAAUUAUGUAAAAAAUAAGUUAAAUAGUGCAUUUUGUAUGAUAAAAAAAAUACAACUUGUUUAUCAGACAUGUUGAAUAAUAAACAUGCUAAUUUUAUAAAAGAAUUAUAAUGCAGAAUUAUGAAAUUGUCCAUUUAAAAUGGAAACUUCUCACUACGACUAAAUAUUAAAAAAAAUCAUUGAAUUUCACCUGGGGGAUUACUCUGUAAUUCGAUACGAAUAUGAGAAUGUUCGCAUCUUCAAUUUUGGUACUCUGUAAUGUGACAAUCGCAGUAAAUUUUGAAAUUUUCGAAUUUAGUUUUUCCCUUUCGCAUUCAGUUUUUCCCUUUCGCAUUGGCGGUACUCUGCUAUGCUAAAGCAAUUGUCAAACAUGCGUUCUAUUGGUAAUUUUUGUGCUACAAGUAUAAAGAAGUCGCAUUGCUUGAAAAUGGAAGAACCGAAAAUAAAACAACAAACUCAACCAAAGCAAUUUGAAAUUCUCGUGGAUUUCAUGAAGGCGCAUCCCGAUUUAUCGAAAGGAUCACUAAAAACACCAGACGCCAAAAGUACCUCCAAUAAUUUAUGGAAAAAUUUAGUUUCCCAUUUAAACGCAGCUUGGCCACCAUUGUGCGACAUUGCGGGGUGGAAAAAGGUUUGGGCAGACUAUAAGAUUCACUUAAAGGCAAAAAUGCGACGAAACAAAAAUAAUAUUUCGGGAACUGGAGGUGGUCCCUCACUUUUCAUACCCUUAUCACAGUUAGAGCAUCAAGUGAGUGAGUUAUUGUCAACAGAGGAAUCAAUAAGUGGAAUGAGCGGUACCUUGUCAUUCGGUGCAGUCACAAGCAGCAUGUCGGAGUUCGUCCUCAAACUUUCACGUUCUCCUGAGAGGUUCCAUACGUGGGAGUCAUGCGAUGCGCCUCCAAAUCUACCAUUUACUGCCCUUAUCUGCAUUUUGUGAUCACAUAUCUAAAAAAAGUUGUAGGUCAUUGCACUGGAAUCAAUAUACAUAAGUAUGUAUGUACGUGUAUAUUAUUGUAUUUAUGAAUGUUCUUACCACCAUUGCAUUUAUGCUGUGUUUUAGUUUACGAUUAAAAAAUAAGUGUUCAUUCCGUGAUUGUCGUAUCAACUGGAUGUGCGUCCCAUCAAUCACUCCAAUUACACCUGGAAUUCCGGACGUCAAGUAAAAGGUUCUAUUUGCUUCAAUUUUUUCCUCAAUGGUCAAUGCUUUGGGCACAGAGUUUUCUCGAUGGCAUCGCACACUUCCAAGAUGCAUCGGGAAACCGAUUGUUGGGCUAGCCCUGAAUGCCUAUCUUGGCCGACCGAGUGUUGAUACCCGCCCUGUGCGAGGAACUUCAAGGUUGUUAACAGUUUUACAAUUUCUGGAAUUGAUGAGGUCCUUUGAGCGACUUUUAAUUAGGGUCUUAUUUUAAAACCGCAAUUUUUUACUAACCUUUCAUCGCUUAGAGACAUAAUGUCCGAAUUAUAUAAAAUAAUUCUUCUAUUAAUUCAUUCCUGAGAAUAAUAAUAAUUCCACAAUGCCACAGAAUUCAUUUUUAAAUUAUUCAACACAGUUUUAACGAACAAAUUAUUAUUAUUUUCUUUAUUUUGCUCGUUUAUACUUUGACAUUUUUGGAAGUAAUGCCAACUAUUACAAAAAAAGAAAAAAAAGCAAAGGUGAACAACAUUGUUAGUGAUGCGUAAGCAAUACAGAGUAUCAAUUGCCAAUCGCAUCGCAUUGGGCUUUCGAAUCGCAUUGUCUUUCGCAUCGCUUUAUAGAGUAAGCCCCCUGCUUUUUUAAACACAGAUGUCGGAUUGUGCAAUAGACACAGUUCUAAUUAGUUAGUUGAGAUAAUGAGUAAUAAGGUGUUAAGUUGUUGAAAUAAGAAAUAAAGAUAAGUGUAUAUGUAUUAAA